CGCAUCCCAAAAGGAACCGGAAGUGUCGCUGCUAAAUGUGCCGCCAAAAGUGUAGAUUUGGAAUAAGGAGGAGGGGCGUCAGUGAAGAACCCCCCCCCAAAAAAACCCCUUUCUAUUGCAGACAAGGAUAGCGGAAUAAUCUCGAGCCAGGGAGGCGGAGGACCAAGAGGAGUUUAUGUUCCAUGCACUCCAAAGAAAGCAGUAGAGAAGACAGUCAGAAUUCUGGGGGACAUCUGAAAUUUCCUUAGGCUUAACAAAGAAACAAUUUAAAUGCAUUGAAAGUGGCAUGUGAUUCAAUCAAUGAACACACAAACUUCACAUCAAUGAACUCAAAGAGUGGAGAAACCAUUUCAGGCUAUGGAGCGUGGAAAAAGCUUCAGUGAUAGUGGAACGCCUGGAAAACAUCAACAGACUAACACAGGGAAGAAACCAUUUAAAUGUGUGGAGUGUGGGAAAAGCUUCACUGGUAGCGGAACACUUAGAAGACAUCAACGAACUCACACAGGAGAGAAACCAUUUAAAUGUAUGGAAUGUGGUAAGAACUUCACACAGAGGUCACACCUUCAUGCGCAUCAACAAACUCACACAGGGGAGAAAGCAUUUGAGUGUAUGGAGUGCGAAAAGAGCUUCAGACAGAGGCCACACCUUCACGCGCAUCAGCGAACUCACACAGGGGAGAAAGCCUUUCAAUGCAUGGAGUGUGGAAGGAGCUUCAGGGACAGUGGAACUCUUAGAAUUCAUCAACGGAUUCACACAGGAGAGAAACCAUAUAAAUGUAUGGAGUGUGGAAUGAGCUUUACUGAUUAUAGAACACUUAAAAAACACCAUCGGAUUCACACAGGGGAGAAACCAUUUGAAUGUAUGGAGUGUGGAAAGAGCUUCAGAGAGAGGUCGCACCUUCACGCACACCAACGAAUUCACACAGGGGAGAAACCAUAUAAAUGUAUGGAGUGUGGAAAGAGCUUCAGUGAUGGUGGAACUCUUAGAGUUCAUCAACGGAUUCACACAGGGGAGAAACCAUAUAAAUGUACGGAGUGUGGAAAGAGCUUCACUGAUAAUAGAACACUUAGAAAACAUCAACGGAUUCACACAGGGGAGAAACCAUUUGAAUGUAUGGAGUGUGGAAAGAGCUUCAGUCAGAGUUCAAGCUAUAGAAAGCAUCAAAGGACCCACACAGGGGAGAAACCAUUUAAAUGCAUGCAGUGUGGAAUGAACUUCACUAAUAGUUCACACCUUCGGUCACAUGAACGAACUCACACAGGGGAGAAGCCAUUUAAGUGCAUGGAGUGCGGAAAGAACUUCAGGGACAUUUCACAGCUUCGUUCACAUGAACGAACUCAUGUAGAUGAGAAACCAUUUAAAUGCAUGGAUUGUGCAAAGAACUUCAGGGACAUUUCACACCUUCGUGUACAUCAUCGAACUCACACGGGGGAGAAACCAUUUGAAUGCAUGGAGUGCGGAAAGAGGUUUAAUCGGAGUGAAACACUUAGAAUCCAUCAUCGAACUCACACAGGGGAAAAACCAUUUAAAUGCAUGGAGUGUGGAAAGAGCUUCAGUGACAGUGGAACACUUAGAAUUCAUCAACGAAUUCACACAGGGGAGAAACCAUAUAAAUGUACAGAGUGUGGAAAGAGCUUCACUUAUAAUAGAGCACUUAAAACACACCAACGGAUUCACAUGGAAGAAACCAUGUAAAUGUAUGGAGUGCGGAAAGAUCUUCAGUGACAAUGGUAAAUUUAGAAUUCAUCAAUGGAUUCACACAAGGGAGAAACCAUAUACAGUCGUAUCUUGGAUCCUGAACGCCUUGCAAAUUGAACGUUGUGGCUCUCAAACGCCACAAACCUGGAAGUAAUUGCUCCGAUUUGUGCGUGUUCUUUGGAACUGAACAUCCGACGUGGCUUCUGUAGCUUCCAAUAGGUUGCAGGAGCUUCCUGCAGCUAAUCAGAUGUUGUGCUUUGUAUCCGAACAUUUUGGAAGUCAAACAGACUUCCAGAACGCAUUAUGUUUGACAGAAUAAUAUGAAAUUACUUUCUAAAAUGUAUAAAUUAUUUCUAGAAGGAUUUACAAAGAUGAACACGUUAAAUUUGUCAUAUGUGGUGGACAUGCAUGAUAGUAAAAGCAUUUUGGAAAAUGAUAUAUAGUGAAUUGGGAAAAAAAUGUUUAAAAUAACAUUAAAAAACCGAAGCUUCUCUUUUAGGACUCAUAGGUGGAGAAAUUUCAAGGGAGCAGGAAAGGUUAUUUAUGUACUCAACAACAGCUGUGCAUAUGGUAUUAGCCCCGAUAUGCAAAAAAGACAAAGUCCCUACCAGAGAAGAAUGGCAGAUUAAGUUGAUGGACUGUGCUAAAUUGGCAUGUGAAUUUAAAUAAUAAUUUGGAAAAUUUAAUAAAUAGAUUUCCAGAAAAAGAGAGGAAAACAUAGAAUUCAUUAACAGAUUCACACAGGGGAGAAACCAUAUAAAUGCAUGGAGUGUAAAAGGAGCUUCACUGAGACUUGAAACCAUAGAAAACAUCAAGGAACUCACGUAGGAAAAAACCAUUUAAAUCUAUAAAGAAAAAGCCUCAGCCAGAGUACAGAGCUUGAUAUGCAUCAAUGGACCCACAGAGGAAAGCAUUUAAAUGCAUGGUGUGUGGAAAGAACUUCAGUAGAAGUGGAAACCUCAGACAACAUCAGUGGACUUUCAAAGGGGAGAGACCAUUUCAAUGUAUGCAGUGAGGAAAGAAGUUCACUGAUAGUGGAAAACUUAAGAAGACCUCAAGAAGCUCAGACAAGGGUGAAAUCAUGUAAAUGUCAGGAAUAUAAUUAGAGUUUCGUUCAAAGUUUCAGUCUUUAAUGUAUAGACAUGUAGUUAGGGUCUCACAGUAGUAAAUGUAAGAUUUAAUGUACUGUAAUGUUACAUAGGGAGGGGGAGUGUGUGAAUCUUCUUACAUCCCCAAGGUAAUAUUGCAAACCGCAUAUAUUCUUUACAUUUUAUAAAUUAAUUUUUGUCGCAACA